CGUCAUCAAAUCUUCCCGCAAGCACUUUCACAGUGAAUUUGCACCAUACAAUUCUGCAAAUUCACUAUGCUCAUGACUCACUAGCUUUAAUGCUUCUGGAUUCGCAACCGAUUCUUGUACCUUACAAGAAACCACACCGAGAUAUCUUUACAUAAUCUCGAUCUAACUAUUGAUAUCACACAAAUAUUGCGCAAGCUUGAAGCUGCCAUCUGCCAUGAACAAUCAACCUCACGGGCCCCCCGGCUUUGACCGAGAGCGCGAGCUCGAGGAGCAGCACAGGCAACGUGCAUUACAGCAACAAGAAGAGCAUGUUCAGCGUGAGCGCGAACGGGAACAUAAUGAGAGACAAGAAAGAGAACGACAACAUCGUGAUCAAUACCAACCACCUCCACCACAUCAGAACAACACAGCUUCCAUACCCAUCCAUCAACCUGUAGCAUCACGGCUGGCAGGUACAAUACACAGCCCUGGUGGCCUGCUUGCAAACCAUGGCAGUGCCCCUCCCUCUGGACCGCUUGGUGCGCCGAGUGGCCCUGGAAAUGCUUUCGGUGGUCCUCUUCACAGUGAUGCAAGUCGCUCAAUCCAGCACAAUCCGCAAGCUGCCUCUAGCCAACUUCAACAGCAACAAGGCUUCGGCCCUGGACUCAUACAUCACAAUCCGGUAGGCGCUCCUGGUGGAGCUGCUGUUGGACUGGGAGGAUCGUUUCAGCAGCAACAGCAACAGCAACAGCAACAGCAACAGCAGCAGGAAGCUGUGGCUAGGCUUCAGCAACUUCCAUUCGGUGGACCAUCCAUCCCGCAGCAUCAGGUUCCUGGAGCGCCUGCGCUGGGACAAGGCGGACAGCAACCCAUUUUGAAUGACGCGCUCAGUUAUCUCGAUCAAGUUAAGGUACAAUUUGCCGAUCAACCCGAUGUCUAUAAUCGCUUCCUGGACAUUAUGAAAGACUUCAAAAGCCAGGCCAUCGACACCCCGGGCGUCAUCAACCGUGUCUCCGAACUAUUUGCAGGGCAUCCAAACCUCAUACAAGGUUUCAACACAUUCCUCCCACCUGGCUAUCGUAUCGAGUGUGGUGCAGGAAACGAUCCAAACACGAUCAGAGUUACGACGCCUAUGGGCACGACAGUGCAAUCAAUCACCGGAAGCCGUGCUUUACCUGACGCGGUCAUGGUCCAAGGAGGAGUGGGUGGCGGAUACUAUGGUACACAGCGGCCUGGUGAACGUCCCGGAGACUGGAGAGGAGGACCUGGUCGUGUGAGCCCUGAAGACGUGUUCAGCCCUCAGAAUCAGAACGCCGCUCCUGCUUAUGGUCAAGCUCCAGCACAACACUCUACCUACGAAGCUCAACAAGCUGCCGCGGCAGCCGCUCACCAGCAGCAACAAAGAGGGGUUUCCCAAUUGACGAGUGCCGUAACGGCAACUUUGGGGCACCCAGGACCUGCAAGAAACGCGCAAACCCCAACUCCAGGUGGCAUGAACGGUGGAGGAGUACAGCUGGAAAAGCGAGGACCCGUUGAGUUCAACCACGCAAUCAGCUACGUAAAUAAAAUCAAGAACCGAUUCCAAGAUCGACCAGAGAUCUAUAAACAAUUUCUUGAGAUCCUUCAAACCUAUCAACGCGAGUCGAAGCCUAUCCAAGACGUCUAUGCGCAAGUUACACAUCUCUUCAACACCGCUCCCGAUCUUCUCGAAGACUUCAAGCAAUUCCUCCCUGAAUCUGCCGCUCAAGCAAAAGCUGCAGCAGCGGCCAAAGCAGCGGAAGAGGCUCAGCAAAGCCAAACACCGCAAGGCCACGGACGUAACGAAGCAAAGCUGCCUCCAGUUGGUAAUUUUGCCCUUCCAGCCAGUUCUAGCAAGGAAAAUAAGAAGCGCCAACGCAACAACACGGCAAUGAAUUCGGCUUCCCACGCCAACGCGAUGGGAGAGAGCUCCAACCGGAGUAUGGUGCCGGGUGCUGCAACAAACAAGCGAACCAAGCUUUCUCACAAGCCCAAUGCCCCGGACGCGCCAGCUGUAUCACCGACCUUGACACCCAUUAUGCCUGAGCCGUUGCCUCCUACCUCUACAUCCAGUGCGACUUCAGAAGAGCUGGCUUUCUUUGAUCGAGUCAAGAAAUACAUUGCCAACAAGCAAACCAUGAACGAAUUCUUGAAGCUCUGCAACUUGUUCUCUCAAGACCUCAUUGGCAAAGACGUCCUCGUACACAAAGUCAGCAAUUUCAUUGGCGGAAACCUCGAUCUGAUGAACUGGUUCAAGCAAUUUGUUGGUUAUGACGGUCGCGAGGAAGUCAUUGAAAAUCAGCCGAAAGCACCAACUGGACGAGUCGCGUUGAGCAACUGCAGAGGAUUGGGUCCUAGCUACCGCCUUCUUCCAAAGAGGGAACGGCUGCGGCCAUGUUCUGGCCGAGACGAGAUGUGCCUUGAAGUUCUCAACGAUGACUGGGCAUCCCACCCUACCUGGGCUUCAGAAGACUCCGGAUUCGUCGCUCACCGCAAGAACAUGUUCGAGGAAAGUCUCCACCGCAUCGAAGAAGAACGCCACGACUAUGAUUUCAACAUCGAGGCCAAUGCAAAAGUUAUCCAACUUCUUGAGCCUAUUGGCCAGCAAAUCCUCUCAAUGACUCCCUCCGAGCGAGAGAAAUACCGCAUGCCCAUUGGUCUGGGCGGCCAAAGCCAAGCAAUCUACAAGCGUGUCAUGAAGAAAGUCUACGGAGAACGAGGACCAGAAGUCGUUGCAGAUCUCUUCAAGGAUCCAUGUGCGGUGCUCCCAAUUGUCUUGGCACGAUUGAAGCAAAAAGAUGAAGAAUGGAGAUUCACGCAGCGCGAGUGGGAGAAAGUUUGGCAUGCACAGACCCAGGCUAUGUAUCUCAAGAGUCUUGAUCAUAUGGGAAUCCAAGUCAAGCAGCUCGACAAGAAGAACUUUGCCGCCAAGCAUCUUGUUGAUGCAAUCAAGACCAAGCACGAGGAACAGAGACGUCAACGCAGCACCAAAGGCAGAGUAGUCAGACACCAAUUCUCUUACGAUUUCAGCGACCGAGAGGUCAUCACAGACCUUCUCCGCUUCAUGGUCCUGUAUGCGAGCAACGCAAGCCAACACAAUAACCUGGAACGCCGUCGAAUCUGGGACUUCUUCGAAAAAUUCGUCGCAACUUUCUUCGAUGUUUCAGAUGACCUCAUCAAUGAGUGUACGAGAGAUAUCGACCGAGGUACUCCAGAUGAUGAUUUCGAUGAAGCUACUCCUUCUGAGCUUCCCAAUGGCAGCGGUGGUCGAGGAAGACGAGCAGGCAACACCAAGAAGUCUGACCUUCGACGAGGUGUUCUUGACAAGGCUCGCAACGGUACUCGUGGCCGUGGUCAAAAGCAAGACAGUGCUACUGGCAGCAAGGAGUCAACUCCAGACGUCGAUUCGAUUGCAGACGAUGAAGGCGAUGCCGCAGACGACGCUAUUACCGAGGUCACCAACGAGCGCUGGGCGGCCCACCCUGUUGCGGCUGAAGCACACCAAAAUCACGAUGUUGAGGAUCUCGAACUCAAGGCAGAUCAACCAUUCAAGCGUGACUGGUACAAGUUGUAUGGUAAUCAGACAAUCUUCGUCUUCUUCAGCAUCUUCCAGACCUUGUAUCGUCGCCUGAAGGAGAUGAAAGACAACGAAGCAGAGGCCAGAGAGGAAGGCAUUCGCGCAUCCCAACCAAAACCCGCGAGAGAUAUCGGCUUGAUCAACGACGAUAAUGAUUGCCAGCUACCUCUACCCGGCGAGACCUACUAUUCCCACACCCUGAGACUCAUUGAGGAUUACAUCAACGGUGAAGUCGAGGAAAACCCUUAUCAGAAUUGGCUGAGACGCUUCUACUUGAAGAAAGGCUGGCAGAUUUACACUGUCUUGGAUCUUCUCAAGUCCCUAUGCAGACAAGGUGCAAUCUGCUCGUCCAGCGAGAAGAAGGAGACGACUACCGAUCUCAUUGAGCAAUUCUAUCGGAACAGAGCGUCUGAAGAGACGUCUUUUAAUGCCGAGAUCAAUAUGCGUAAGCAAGCAGAUAAAUACGUCAAGGAUGGUGAACUGUUCUUGAUUCAAUGGUCUCCAAAGAAGAAUGAGGCAACCGUCCAAUGGGUCACAAGAGACGAGACCACAUUCGACCUUGACGAUAUGCAGCAAAAGGAACGUUGGCAAUACUACAUCUCCUCCUAUAUUCGUAUUGAGCCGACCGAGGGUGUUCCUCGCAGCCACCUUCACAAGUCUGUCAUGACCCGCAACCUUCCGACUACCGACGCCGAGUCCGAGGACAACAACGCUCAUCCCAAGCCCAUCCUCUUCAAUGAAGACCUCACUCUCCGCGUCUGCGUCAACACCUACAAGAUUGUCUACAAGAACCCAGGAUCCGAAUACUUCAUCUACACCAACAAGCCACUCACCUACGACCCCAAGACCAAGGAGAGCACAGCACGUGAGCGCCUCCGGAAAUUCGAAACCAUCCGCAAUGAGCGAGCAAAGGAGAAGUUCGAGAUGAACAACCGCUGGAUGAGAGGUCUUGAUCGUGACGCCGUUGCAAAGGUCAACAGUGACUUCAAGAAGUGGAUGGACGAGGGCAUCGUUCCUGGUACUGAGGCUCCGGCUCUGGCUGCUGCUGAUGUUGAGAUGGCUCAGUGAAAAGCUUGAUGCUAAUCCAUGAUACUUCUCAAAGGACUGUACUUUUUCUUUUCCCUGAAUUUUCACAUCAUGAUACUGCCGUUUUUUACUUACGGUUUCAUAUUACAGAGAGGCUGGAAAGCUUUCGUACAUUGAGAGAAAGGGUUUCCAUUUUCUUGAUUGAGAGUCAUAACGGCCAGUACACUAGAGAGAUCAUAUUAAAAUGCGAAGGUUUCUUACUUAAUAUGAUG